AUGGCGGCAGAGAUGUGUAAGUAUCUUAUGGUGCUCCAAAAUACACUCCGCCAGCAGCUUUCGAGCCUGGCAAACUUUGCGUUUGGCUUUAGCUGCUUCGAGUGCGAGGUCAGAGUGAUCAUCUUCCUCUUCAAACGAUGUGGAGUCUCGUUCCUGCCAGUACCGAAAGCAUGUAAGAGUGACGAAGCAUUGAAAUCGGUGGAUAACUCACAAGGGACUUGUUAUGCUGGGGACGGUGUGACCUUUCUGGAUCUGUUUGACGCUGAUGAGUAUGCAGAAUGCAGGAAGGAAAACCUGUUCUACCCUUUUGCAUCAAGGGAAGAGUGGGAGGUCGCUGAUUUUCUCCGGCGUUUUCCCCUCAGUAUGGCAGCAAUCAACCAGUUUCUGGAACUCCCUAUGAUCCAUCGGUUGAAAUUGUCAUUCCGCAACGCUAAAGAGUUGCGAAGCCGUGCUGAGAUGCUGCCGAAGGGACCAAGCUGGAAGGAUCCCGUGGAAUGUCUGGAAAGUCUCUUCAGUAAUCCCCUUUUUCACGACCAGCUCGAUUUUGUUCCUCACUGCGUUUACACGACAUCAGCGCGGCUUCUUCGUGUAUACUCAGAGUGGUUGACAGGCGACUCUGCUUGGGAAAUCCAGGACCAGCUUCCCGGAGGUGCGACAGUCCUAGGCACUGUACGGAAUAUGACAGUACUCUCUUCAGACAAAAUGAAUAUCACCAAUAUGACUGGUGCCAGGGUCGCUCAUCCACUCCUGUUAGGCCUCACUAACAUUCACAUGAACACUCACACCAAGCUCUCAUCCAGAGCCUUUCUGCUUACGGCUCUCCUCCCUAUCCCGCAGUAUUUGCAUUCAAAGCCAUGGAUGCGGGGUAUGCUAGAAGAUCGCCUCAUGCACGAAUGCCUUUCCAUAGUGUUGAAGCCCUUAAUGAAAGCCACUGAAAUCGGAAUCAUGAUGUCCGACCUGGCGGGAAACCGCACGCGCUCCAUCACCCUGGCACAGCUCAAUAGCAUCAAGCCGCUCACUGAUCCUUCAGUCUUCUUGACGCCCGAACCUUUGCAUCACUGGCACAAGGGGUUUUAUGAUCACGACCUCCAAUGGUGCCUUACAGUUGUUGGAGCGCAGGAAUUGGAUUUUCGCAUAUCAAUUUUGCAGCCUACUACGGGCUAUCACCACUUUUGUGGUGGGAUUUCGAAAUUGAAGCAAGUCACGGGCAGAGUGCACCAAGAUCUCCAGCGUUAUGAUGUUGGCCUGAUCGCUGGUGCAGCUCCUCCUUCUUGUCCGGUCCGAUCGCUUUUGAUCUUUCAUGAAAACAAAGAUGUUAUCAUCUCCUUAGGGGCUCGGAUGGGGACGAAGAAGCCUAUCGACAACUGGUUCAUACUGAAGCUCGAACUUAUGCAGAGCAUCACUGCCAGCUCACGCAAAGUUGGCGCCCUCAUUCAAUGGUCCGCAGACACCACUGAGCACGCUCACAUUUCUGAGAUUAAGGACCCUGCGUGGCACACCAAUAACAACGACUAUGAUCCUCAAAUUUGUCGUUAUUUAGAUUGCCAGGAGAAGCUGCGACGUUUCGCAAUUGCUACGACACUGAAGAGUACUUGCGCUGAUUCUAACUCAGAAGAAUUCUUUGAGGACGAGGACGACGAGGAAGACGAGGAAGACGAUGGAGAUUGUGAUGAACCGAUGGACCCGCGUACUGCGCUCUUAGCACAGCUGAACCAAACCCGCAUCACCACUAACUACUUUACCAAAGCAAAGAAGUUGGUUGCCACGAGAUGCGAUAACAUUUCUCACCCUCCUCGGACAUUUGUUGCUGCCUCCACCACUAUUCAUCUCAAUUUUGACCCUACUCGCACAGGGUUGAAAAUCGACGAGGUUGCCAAUGACUUCAACAUACCAGAUUUAUGCGAGGUUCUUUCCGACUUCUUGCAACGUGACACGAGGAACGGAGAAACAGGUCAUGGGUUGGGGGUUCAAAGGAGACAGCUAAUUGACCGUCCCUCAAUAUGGCAUACUGUUCGCUUGCAACAAGUUUCCUUCUACGACGCCAGCAUUAUCUUACCCGCACAGACUGUGCAUGCCUUCCCUCCAUCUCCUGGGAGUGGGUGGCCAAAAGGCCGCUGGGAUGCUGUCCUCGUCAAUAUUGAUCGAGCCUAUGAUUGGCCUAAGUCGGGGUUGACGGGGCACCGUGUCUGCGAAUUGCAGCUCAUAAUGCGCCCAGUUCCCCGGCGAGUCACCGAGAUGCACAUAUUGAAACGCUGUAAACAUGCCAAUGGCGCGCCAGUGGGUGACAUAGUUCCCCUUAGUCAACUUCGUGCAUUCGUUCAUAUCAUUCCUCAACUAGGUCAUGCGGCAGAUGCGUGGUUGACAAAGGCAAAUUCUGCUCAUUACCAUUCAUCUUUUUUCUUAAACAAGUACUUUGACAAACAGAUAUAUGCUGCCCUCUCGCAAGGAUAG